UGCCAUCCCAGCGUUCCUAACCGUGGCCGGGGGCUCCCCAGCCAUGUCCUUCCGGAAGGUGGUGCGGCAGAGCAAAUUCCGGCACGUGUUCGGGCAGCCGGUGAAGACGGACCAGUGCUACGAUGACAUCCGCGUGUCCCGCGUCACCUGGGACAGCACCUUCUGCGCCGUCAACCCCUCCUUCGUCGCCAUCAUCGUGGAGGCCAGCGGCGGCGGCGCCUUCCUCGUCCUCCCCCUGCACAAGACCGGACGCAUUGACAAGUCGUACCCCACGGUGUGCGGCCACACGGGCCCCGUCCUGGACAUUGACUGGUGUCCCCACAACGACCACGUCAUCGCCAGCGGCUCCGAGGACUGCACCGUCAUGGUGUGGCAGAUCCCCGAGAAUGGGCUGAGCCAGCCGCUGACGGAGCCGGUGGUGGUGCUGGAGGGCCACUCGAAGCGC